GCCACGUGGCCAUCCUGGCAGCUGAGGUGGCGGCCCAAAUCCCCUGGCAGCCGAGGGGCUUCUGGAGGGUCCCGGGGAAGGGCCGCGAGUUGACAGAUGUGCAUGAGGAGGUGCCUGGUCGGCCUCACCUUUUGUACCUGCUACCUGGCUUUCUACCUCACGAACAAGUAUGUCCUGUCUGUCUUGAAAUUUACCUACCCUACAUUGUUCCAAGGGUGGCAGACGUUAAUUGGUGGACUUUUGCUUCAUGUGUCAUGGAAACUGGGCUGGGCGGAGAUCAACAGCAGUUUAAGAGCCGAUGUUUUGACGUGGCUUCCUGCAUCUUUGCUGUUUGUGGGUAUCAUCUAUGCUGGUUCCAGAGCAUUGUCCAGACUGGCCAUUCCUGUGUUUCUCACUUUGCAUAAUGUAGCCGAAGUUAUUAUCUGUGGGCACCAGAAGUGCUUUCGGAAAGAGAAAAUUUCUUCUGCAAAGAUCUGUAGUGCCCUCUUCCUCCUGGCCGCUGCAGGCUGCCUUCCCUUCAAUGACUCCCACUUUGAUCCAGAUGGAUAUUUCUGGGCUUUAAUUCACGUAUCCUGCGUUGGGGCUUAUCGGAUACUACAGAAAUCCCAGAAAUCCAAUGCAUUAAGUGACAUUGACCAGCAGUACUUAAACUAUAUAUUCAGCGUGGUACUCCUGGCAUUUGCAUCUCAUCCCACAGGUGAUCUCUUCAGCGUUCUGGACUUUCCGUUCCUGUAUUUCUACAGAUUCCAUGGCAGCUGCUGUGCCAGUGGAUUUUUAGGAUUCUUUCUCAUGUUCAGCACAGUGAAGCUAAAAAGCCUUGUGGCUCCAGGGCAGUGUGCAGCCUGGAUUUUCUUUGCUAAGGUGAUCACAGCUGGGUUAUCAAUAUUGCUGUUUGAUAUGAUCCUGACGAGUGCAACUGUGGGAUGCCUCCUGCUCGGUGGACUUGGAGAGGCCUUGCUGGUUUUCUCAGAAAGGAAAGGCGGCUAAAGGUGACCACAGGAAAAGGAGGCUCCCUGGAUGCCAGCUAGAGACCAGCCUGCUGGGCUGCAGAGUUUCUUCAUCUUCCCAGAGAGAAGAAAGCAAAGAUGGUGAGACCGCCUCUGCUCACUGCGUCAAGAACUCUUUCUGGGGCGGGGGGGGUCUCUGAGCCGCUGCAGAGGGUGGACUGUGUCGUAUCUUCCCAUUUUGAGAGGCUCACUUGAGUCCUGCUGACUGUGCUGGUCCCACUUGUGCAGAAACAGAUGCAGGAUUUCCCCUGCAUGGCGAGGAUGGCUCCACUCACCUUGACUGACAUGCAGGCCUCCUGAUGAAGCAUCCUUCACUAAACACUGCUUUCACUCCGGGGUAGUGGACCCAAGGUUUUUUUGUGGCAUUUUAGCUUUGUUCUGUGUUUUUACAUCUUUGGAGACUCUGGAGGACUUCCUUUCCAUGCUCUCACACUGACUUGUCUAGAGCCCUCGUGCACCCACUGAUGAGCAUAGAGAGAAUUCCUUGAGCAGGCUUCCACUGGGCGGAGAGGCAGAGAUGGGGACUGGGGAAGCUCUGUGCCAUGUAAGAAGCCAGCAAGGACACUGUCACUCCAGAGUAAGUGCUGAGACCUUUUCUGUGGUUGUGUGUUGGAUUGUAUUGAAUUCUGCACACUCUUUUUUGCCAAUCAUUAGGUUAACUUGGUACUAAAUGAUCACCAGGGGGAAUAGGGUUUAUAAGCACCGAUGGAUGUCCUCCCUGGGCAGGUGAAAAUAAAGAACCAAGCAUAUAACAUGUGGGUAAAUACACAGUUAGAUGCAUAUUCCUUAAAGCAUUUAAUCCAUUUAAUACCCAUAUCUCAGAGGAGGUUAAAUCAUUGAACACUGAAGUAUAUUUUUCAGGCCAGAUUAAAAAUUGGAUGAAAAUUCUAAACCUUGCCUCUAUGGGGAGCAAAAGAAAUGAAUUUUCAUGAAACGGUUAUUUGAUUCUGACCCCACAACAAAGGUUUAAUAAGAUAAUGUCUAACUCCAGAUGUGUCUACUCAGAGUAGGUUCUCUGAAUACCUUACUACUCUGCCAGGUGUCAGCUUGGGUCAUUUUGAGAUAUAUCAUAGACAGUAAUGAAGUCCAGGGAGUCUUCUUCAGGUAGGAAGCCAGGUCCCGCAGUAUUGGACACCCACCACCCACGUCAUCAAUGUUCUGAGAACACCC